CAAUCAAGCCCUAACUUCUAAAAUUUCAAGGAUGUUGUAAGAACAAGACAAAAAUACGAAAGGAAAAACUCUGUUUUAAUAAAAAGUCAUACUUUGUAAAUCAUAUAUUAAUAUUAUGUUGUUUUAUGGGAUUGAUUAUAAUUAGUAGGAUAACCCUAAUUAACCCAUGUGGUAAACAAGUUUUCUGAACAUAAAUGUGCUGACUCAGCCCAAUAGGCCCAAAGUGACUAGAAAACCCUUUCUUCUCUUCCACGGGUCCCCCAGAUCAGUCUGUAAUUUUCAAACCUAACAGAUUCGUCUCUCUUUCGACCCUUGGCUUCAAUAAUCGUACCUUCUGUUAUCUCUCUUUCGAACCUUAGUUGCGUUAAUUUGAGCUUAAACUUUUGUGGGUGUAUGUUUGAGAUUACUGUUACUGCUGAUUAGGUUUUGUUUCUCAGAAACUUUCGUUUCAAUAUUGUUUGGCAUUUGGCAGAUAAAAGACAAUGGUUACUAUAGGGGAAUCGAAACAGGCUUGUUCCGGAGGGUACUUGUGUCAGACAUUUGAAGAAGAUAGGAUAAGCCAAUUACCAGAUCCUUUGAUUUGUCAGAUUCUUUCUCAUCUUCCAACAAAAGAAGCUGUUACGACAAGUGUUUUGUCCAUCAGAUGGAGGACUCUCUGGCUAUGGGUUUCUGGUAUGGAACUAGAUUCUAGACAGUUCCCGGAUAACAAUGCCUUUCUCAGUUUUGGUGACAGGUUUUUCGAUUCCAGUAUGGUUUCAUGCAUACACAAACUCACUAUAAUUUUUGGUAGAAAUCCAAAAAAUAAUGAUGACUCUUGUUUCCCGUCAUGGCUUAAUGCUGCAAUUAAGCGUAAGAUCCAACGUCUAGAUGUUCGUUGGACUAGCAAGAUUUAUCUUCAUAAUCAUACCCUAAGGUUGUAUAACUGUGAGACACUUGUAUACUUAAGACUCUAUGGUGUGCUCAUGGAUGAUGCAGUGUUUGGUAUCUUGCCUUGUCUGAAGACAAUGCAUUUAGAAGAAAAUUGUUAUACCAGUGAGGCCACUUUUGAGAAACUUGUCUCAUCCUGCUGCCCAGUCUUAGAAAAUUUAAAGAUUGUCGCAUCUGAUAUUGAUGGAAUAGUCUAUCGGGUGCGCUCUCCCUCACUGAAGAGGCUUAGCAUUGAAAGAAAAUAUAUUGUACUUGAGCCUUAUUGUGUUCCAGGGGUUCUUAUCGAUGCUCCUCUACUAUGCUGUUUGACUAUCGAUGAUCACGAUUCAUAUAGCUUUAUAGUCAAAAAUUUGCAGUCUAAUGCAGAGUUAAAUAUUUCUUAUCUCGACUUUCGUUUAGGGAAACCUGGUGUUGAAUCAAGAAUUUCAUCGAGGUUAAGUAAUAUCCGCGAUUUCCUUCUAGGGAUUUCGAGGGUCGGGAAUAUGAAGAUAUGUCUAGUCCCUUUCAAGGUCAUUUGUGGAUACUCGGAACAAGAACCACUGCCUCAAUUUGAUUACAUUUCCCGCCUGUGCAUUUCUCUCGAUGCAUUAGAUUUUAAAUGGUUGGAAUUAUUUCUUCGGACCUGCCCGAAUCAGAAAUCCCUUGUCUUGAUGGUACAUGAUACUUAUGAUUUCUGGGAGAUAUAUCAAAGUAGUUUUCAAUAUGUUCCUAAGUGUUUGGUAUCGUCUCUCGAGUUUGUUGAUUUUAAAUUCUCAAUCCGUGGACAUGAUGACCAAAUGAAGAUAGUAAGGUACUUCCUAGAGAAUUCAGCAAUCCUCAAGAAACUCACUUUACGUUUGGCUAAUCAUUCAAAAAAAGAUGAAAUCUCUAAGGAAGUCUUUGAAAUCCCAAGAAGCUCUACCAAGUGUGAAGUUGUCAUAGUCUGAUUUGUAACAGAGUAGAGGUAACAUGUGAGGUUUUAUUUUAUUUUUAUAUUUGUUAUGUAUGGAGUUGGUUUAGUUAAACCUGUUACCUUAUACAUAAACAAUAUGUAGAAUACGAUUUGUUUGGUUUUCCAAUGAUGACACGUUUGAGAGACUUGCCUCUA